AUGUUCGUCCGUAACGACGCCAAGUGCUUCCGUUUCUGCUCGCCCAAGUGCCACAAGAACUUCAAGAUGAAGCGUAACCCCCGCAAGGUCCGCUGGACCAAGGCCUUCCGUCGUGCCAACGGCAAGGACAUGGUUAUCGACUCGACCUUUGAGUUUGAGAAGCGCCGCAACGUCCCCGUCCGCUACGACCGCGAGCUUGUCGCCACCACCCUCAAGGCGAUGGAGCGUGUGUCGGAGAUCCGCGCCAAGCGCGAGAAGGCGUUCUGGAAGAACCGCAUGUCGGGCAACCCCAUGCGCAACCUCCGUGCCGCCGCCGUCGACGUCGAGAAGCACAUCGAGCUCGUCCAGCCCCGCAAGGUCUCUGCUCCUGGCCUCACCGAGAAGACUGCCGCCCGCGAGAAGAUCAUGGUCCGCGCCGCCAAGCGCAAGGUCAUGGCCGAGCAGCAGAUUGCCUCGGCCGGCAAGAAGAAGCGCGAGUCGCGCCUCAUCCCCGCCGAGGGUGCGUCGAUGGGCAUGAACCUCGACUAA